GAGCCGGACUACGAGGCCCUCCCACGCGGCUCCGCCGCCUCCACCCACAUGCUCGCAGGGGCUGUGGCUGGGGUGCUGGAGCACAGCCUCAUGUACCCGGUGGACUGUGUCAAGGUGAGAACAGGCGGGAAGUUGCCCUCGCGGUCCCGGGGGUGGCGGCGGCGGCGGGAAUCGGGGCCGGGAUGGGUGGCGAGGAGCUGUUCUGAGCGCGGAGCUGAGGUGAGACCCGAGAGUCAUUGCAAGGAGGCUCUUGGCAAGCGCGGAGCACGGUAACAGCAGACAAGGAUGCAGAGCCUGCAACCAGAACCUGCUGCUCGCUACCGGAAUGUGCUGGAGGCUCUGUGGCGGAUCGUGCGGACUGAAGGGAUCUGGCGACCCAUGCGUGGAUUGAACGUCACAGCCACAGGGGCUGGCCCUGCCCAUGCCUUGUAUUUCGCCUGCUACGAAAAGUUGAAAAAGACACUUACCGACAUUAUCCAUGCUGGGGGCAAUAGUCACGUGGCCAACGGCGCGGCAGGCUGUGUGGCAACAUUGCUUCAUGAUGCAGCCAUGAACCCAGCAGAAGUGAUAAAGCAGAGGAUGCAGAUGUACAACUCUCCAUACCAGCGAGUGACGGACUGUGUGCGAGCUGUGUGGUGCAAUGAAGGGGCAGGAGCGUUCUACCGAAGCUAUACCACUCAGCUGACCAUGAACAUCCCUUUCCAGGCUAUCCACUUUAUGGCCUAUGAAUCGCUACAGGAACAGCUCAACCCCCACAGACAAUACAAUCCCAGCUCCCAUAUGGUGGCGGGUGCCUGUGCAGGUGCCAUCGCUGCUGCUGCCACCACCCCCUUGGACGUUUGCAAGACACUGCUGAACACCCAGGAAGCCCUGGCGCUGAAUACCAACAUCAGCGGGCACAUUACAGGCAUGGCGCAUGCAUUCAGGACGGUGUACCACGUGGGCGGGCUGACCGCCUAUUUCCGUGGGGUGCAGGCCCGUGUCAUUUACCAGGUGCCAUCUACAGCCAUUGCCUGGUCCGUGUAUGAGUUCUUCAAAUACAUCCUCACAAAGCGAAAGGAGGAACGCUUGGCCGGGAAGUGAAGUGUUGACUUCUCCCCUUGGAUUGGCAGGUGCCGGAGUCGGAUAACGAGCAAGCCUUUGGAAUACUGAUGCCGCCUCUUGCCUGCUGCUGCAUUUUGCACAGCCCAUCAGCCUUCUGAAUGGAUAGUAUGCGACAAGCAGCAGCUUGGCCUGCCUUUUUCUAGCCUGUUACCUAAGAAGCAUCUCCUUGUGCCCCACUAAUGGCCGUACUCUCCGGAAAAGAAGGACGACUGCCUAGGAGUCACCCUGAGCACAUUGGAAUGUGGGGUGAUGGGAUGCAUACCCAGAAAUGGCUGCAGUUAUGAAGCAGUGGAGAUUAGAGGCAGGGAAAGUGUUAGCUGAGCUGUUGUCUAGCAGCACGCACACACCCCUCGUGCUUUGUGCGAAGGCUUUGGUUUCUGUGGCCCUCGGCACCUCCAAUAAAGUCUGCUUUAUUAUCAUG